AGGAACUCCUCUCCGUGGACAGAAUCAGACAUACCAUGCGGAACUUCGGCAUGGCCGAAAUAGAGGCGAACAUGAGGGACUACGACAUGGGUUUUCUCGAAAUGUACAACGAGCUGAAGCUGUCCGACUUCAACUUCAACCGUGUGUCCAAUCUGGAGCUGGACAUAUGCACCAAUAAUAUCUUCGCGGUCGAGGAGAUCAGUCUGCACCUGACCGUUGUGCCUUUCUUGCUGGAGGAAGCAGAGAUAACUACCAAGCUGUAUACGCAGGAAAUCCAGGAGGCCCUAUGGAAGACCCUCAACUACUUCAACUUCUGCAUGAUGCAAAUAAACGAGCAUAACAUGAACGUCUCCAAUAUAUACAAAAAGGAGAUAAAUAUCUUCCUCAAAGUGACGGACAAAUAUGACUUCAUAUCAAUAAACGAAGAAAAUAUCCUAGAGCUGCACGAUGAGAUACAUUUGAAAAAUAAGUAUGGAAAGAGAUUACUUCGAAAUUUUUUCAUUUUCUUAAAUUUAUUUUUAUUUUAUCAAGUAGUUCACGAGUUGGAGUAUUUCCACUAUAUAGAAGUGAUACCUAUUUAUAUACAAACGAAAAAGGGGACGAUGAAAUCGAGGAGUUACAAUAUGGAGAGUGUCUUCUACCCCUUAGUGGAGGAAUUCUACAAAAAUGACUUAAAAAUAAAUGAAGGAAUUAUCUUAAUACGGAUUUUAAAACAGUACAACAUAGAGAGUCAUACCAAACGGAUGCACUACCAUGAUUCUGAUUUUAUAUAUAAGUCCAUCAUAUAUGAAUCUGUGAUGUCUUCCUCAUCAGAAUCACUCUUUGGUCAAUCUGAUGCUCAAUUUGAACCACUUUAUUCACAGAAUAUGGACAUGACAAAAGGGGCUCUUCCUCCUGAUGAAGACAUAACGCUAAGUCUCAUUCUGCUCGUCAAUAGUGACACUUCUGUGGACGUUAUACUAGAACAGAUCCACAGUUUGGUUUUUCCAAAGGAUAUAUUUUUUGCCAAUUGGGACUCCAACAAAGAGAGAAUAAAAAUCAUGGGUUCUUGCAUUUACACCAAAGAAUCUCAGCCCCCCAUUUUUCAAGGCUUUUUUUCCAGGGGAUUCAGCACCUACACUUUGUUCAAAAUUUUGGAUCUCUUAACGCCGAACAAGAAGCUCCUCUACCUGUCCAUUGACAAGGCGGAGGACAACAAGAACCAAAUCGCCUCGGAGAAAAUCGCCGAGCGUAUUAUGAACGUCACGCAGCAGAUGUACGAGGUCGUCCUCCUCUUCGAGCGAGACGCUAUCAUCAACUUUGACAAAUUCGAACACAGUGACGAAUGCGAUAUGUGCCUGCUGGGUUACCGAGGGCUGUAUACCCUAUACGUGUGUAUUUUCAUCCCGAUUUUGGUCAGCAUCCUUAUAUGCUACUGUAUUUACAAAAGAAAAAUCAGCGCCCAUGGCAACUCGGCUGUGCGGAAAAUUGCUAUACUCCCGAACC